ACCCGACCUGUGGCCUUCCAUCUCUCCAGAAUGCGAGAAUGGCUACCGUGACUGUCUUAGAGAUCGCGACCCAGGCCACCAACCUCCGUGCGGAAUUGAAAGAGUGGGAAAGGGCUUUUGCAGCAGCCAAUGGAGGAAAAAAGGCUGGUCGAAAUGAUAUAAAAAGGGAGCCUGAAAUAGCCGCUAAAUACAAGGAGUACUCGCGACUAAAAUCUCUCGAGGCAUCAUCAAGAAGAAAAGAGAAGCAAUCUCGGCAGAAACCAGGGGAAUCAGAGGAACUACCCAAGAAACGCAAACAUUCAUCGCCUAAUGGACCAGAUAAUACGCUGCCGACGGCGACGACGCCGCGAAAAUCUGCAAAGGGUGCAUUUGAAACACCCUCGAAACCACGCUCAGCAUCUCACCCAGCAGACGUCGAUCCCUAUGAUUCUCCAUCUGUGCUGCGACGACUCUUCAGCCCCUCCACACAUAUGCAGUCCUCGUCCCCGCUGAAAGCAGCCAUCGGGCCAACACCACAACGAGACGGAAAGGCACUGGGUUUAUUCGAUCUGCUCUCCGAGUCUGGUGGUAGUACUGCAACGCCAUCUGCAACCCGAAUCGCAAGUCUCAAAGGUAUGCCUGCUGCGCAAACCCCAUCGAAACGCAGAACCAUGGAUACCAUCAUCGAAGAGGAGGAAGGAGAAGGAGGAGGAGGAGAGGAGGAGGAGGAGGAGGAGGAGGAGGAGGAGGAAAACGGGGAAGCAGAAACCACUCUCCGAGCGGAACGGACACCCUUAUCAUCAGGCAAGAAAUACAUGCUAUCGGCACUUUUCGCGACCCCAACAACCCUCCGGUACUCUGCCAUGGUGGAGGACGAAACGAGACAGGUAGUUGCAAAUGUGGAAGCAAGCGCAAGUCCCCAGGGCACUAACAAGGAUUCCGCGGGUUUCGAGACCCCAUCUUUUCUUCGUCGGUCCACGUCAGGGACGUACGGAGCCUCCAAUUACGCCGCGACCGGAACCGGCGGGCUGAGUCCCAUAGCUGUUCGAAAGCCGCCGCAGUUUGUGGGGAAGGGGCUUUCCGCCCUGGUACAGGGGCUCCGCGAUAUGGAGGAAGAGCGACUCGAGGAUGACCUGGACGUGCUACGAGAGAUAGAAGCGGAACAGGCCUCCCUGAACGCCGAAGUACCAGAUAGCCAGACCCUUACCGGCGACAUGGGCCGGACAUUCAAAAAGAAAGGCCAGAAACGGACAACUCGCAUGGUGCGCAUGAAGCCGGUGAUAUCGAAAUCGAGAUCCGAACCCAGCUGCGUGCUUCCUGGCGAGAACAGCGGGGAUGCAGACAGCGAUCAUGAACUGGUAGCGAUUGCCGAGACCCAGGUGCCUGGUGCUCCUCCUAACGACGAAAAUAUCCCCGUUGAUUUUGAGGACAACGACUCGCUGCACACGAUGUCCGACCCAGAGUUAGAUUCGGACCUGGACCUGGACCUAGACUAUCCAGCAGACUCGCAGCCGCUUGCGAGGAGCAAGAGCUUUUCGGAGAAGAUGAAGGAGGCUAUUGGGGUUGUCAACCCGCAACCCAAACACCAGCAGGACACGGCCAAAAAGUCGUCCCAAGCAAAGGAGAAAGAAAAGGAACCGGAGACUAAAAAGCCGUCAACACGGAAGAUAAAUCCCCAGGCACACGCCAACUACCGCUCGUUGAAGAUCCGGAACAGAGGCAGUCAAGGCCGAUACGGAAGGCGUUUUGGCCGUCGGUGA